AUAAUUGUUAUGAUAAUUAACAAAUAGUCUAAUAAUUUUUAAAACAUGACUUUCCUAGUAGACCUAUCGUGGUUUACAUGGAUUACCUUGUUAUCCGCAUUACCACUAAUUUAUUGGCGCUUAACCCGAAACUUUGACUACUGGACCAAACGUGGCAUAACUGGCCCCAAACCGUACCCAUCAGUCGGCACUAAUUUGUACCACUUUUUUACACCUAUGACUACAGUCGACACGCAAAGGAUCCGGAUCUUCGGCAAAAUCUAUGGCUUAUUCAACGGCAACGUACCGGUGCUGAGUGUGGCCGCACCCGAGCUCAUCCAGAAAAUACUCGUCAAAGACUUUCACCUAUUCGUCGACCGCAAGACCCGUCCCUAUGAGCACCCGGUGCUCACCAAAAAUGUCUUCCACUCGCGGGCCGACCACUGGAAACGGUUGCGCACUAUAGUCAGCCCCACCUUCACGUCCGGCAAAAUGCGUAAAAUGUAUCCAAUGGUGAGGGAGUGCAUCGCGGAGUACCUACAGGUGCUCGACGGGUACGCCCGGCACGGGUCGGACGUCAACAUUAAGGACAUGCACUACAAACUGACGAUGAAUGUGAUCGCCCGGUGCGCCUUCGCCACCAAAACUGACACUUAUGGCGACCCCCACAACCCCUUCAUACGGCACGUCAAGUCGAUGACACACUUCCCGUUCCUCAAGCUGUUGCUGAUGUAUACCCUCCCGGUGCCCGUCAAGAAGGUGUUGGGCAUUAAGUACGUCGGCAGCGAAGAGUCCAAUGAGUUCUUCAUGCGAUUAACGCAUCAAAUCGUGACGCAGAGGAAGACGGAUCCCGACGCUCACCGCAAGUACAGUGACUUCAUUCAGCUGUUGGUGGACGCGGAGGUGGACAGGGAUGCCGGCGAUGACCAGUCCGACGACGAGGCCAUGGAUGCCGAUGAGGCCCAUCACGUCAAUGAGGGCAAAGAGGAACGGGAGGUCCAGAGGAAGCCACUGGCGACCAAUAUAGCCAACAAAAAGCUGACCACCGAUGAGAUCAAAGCCCAGGGAUGGAUAUUCUUCAUCGCGGGCUCCGAGACGGCCGCCACAACCCUGGCCUACAGUUCCUACGAGUUGGCCCUCAAUCCGGACAUUCAGGAGCGCCUGCGGGCGGAAGUGGACGGCGCUGUCGACGCGGACGGGGAGUUCCCCUAUGAGAGACUCACAAAACUGCCCCUUUUGGACGCCGUGAUCGCCGAGACCCUGCGCCUGUACCCACCGGUGCUCCGUAUUGACCGCAAGUGUAGCCAAGACUACAAGUUAGGCGAGUCCGGGAUCACCUUAUUUAAAGGUCAGGACGUGGACAUCCCGGUGUACGCCAUACACCACUCGUCAGAUUUUUACGAGAACCCGGAGCAGUUUAACCCGGAUAGGUUUAUGCCCCAUAACCGGCAUAAGUUGACGCCCUAUACAUACCUGCCCUUCGGGGCCGGCCCUCGCAAUUGCGUGGGAAUGCGGUUCGCGUUACUCGAGAUUAAGCUGAGUUUAGUCCACAUUAUUAGGAGGUAUCGGUUCGUGAGGUCGGCGCAAACACCCGUUCCCUUGGAGUUCAAGACAGUGGCCAAUGUGUGCUCAGCCAAGAGGGUUGUGGUCGCCAUUCAUGAGAGAUCAUAGUCUCGACAAUCAAUCAC